CUGUUAGAUCAUUUAGUAAAUCACCACCAGAGUUCGAAAAUAUAUGAAAAUAUAUUAAAUGACGUUUUCUGUGAGAACAAUGUCAAACACAUAUGUAUUCGUAAAAUACUGUCGCUCAUACGCUUGACGUUACCAGUUUGACUCAUCAUUUAAAAACUACGCAUUGAGCAAAUAUUUUUUUUUCAACACUGUUUUUACCGGUGGUGAAGUAUCGCCAAAUCAAAGUUUCGUUUGGAAAGUAAAUGUUUAAAUCGUAAUGGAGAAGGUUAUAAGCAAACUCCCUUCCGAUCGAAUGCUGUACGUUUGGCCGAUUGAAUCAAGUAUGCUUCAUCGUAUUAAACCUUAUUUGGAUCAGUUCGGUGAAAUUGAAUCUAUGCGACUUCAUGUGGAAGAUAAUUUUAAAUAUGGUUAUUGUCUGCAGUUUAAAACGGCCAAAAGCGUAUCUGCUGUUCUUUCAAAAUCAUCACACGUUAAAAUAGAUAACCGCAACUUUAAAGUUAGAGCUGGUGGCUCUGGUAAUAAGCCGUCAUUAGUACCAGAAUCGUUAUUUGAAGAACCACCAGAUGAAGGUUCUUCAUCGAAUAUCCUCGCCGCACUUAAUGAUGAUUGCCUGUCUGCAGUUUUUCAGCAUUUGGAAUUGAUGGAUCUUACAAGCGCAGCCCAAGUUUGUGUUCACUUUCAAAAACUCGCCCAAGAAACAUUCAAAAUCAAAUUCAAAAUUUUGCAACUUGAACUUAAGUCCAAGUCAAUAAGUAAAAUUACAAUGAAAAGGGAAGAAGUAGAAAUGAUCUUAAGAAAUUUCAGCCCAGUCAUUCAAUCACUUAAGGUUGAUUCAAUUAAUUUUAAUAUUGACGAUGACUCUUCUUUUUUUAUGCUACCCAUAAAUUCACCGUAUUUACGUUUGAUUAGUAAAUAUGGUUUAACACAGCUGCGAGAGCUUGAAUUAUCGAAUUUCAAGGUGAAAGAAAAUCCCGAAUCCGAAGAACUUCGUCCACUUUUUUCACAAUUGGAAAAGUUGCAUUUGCACAAUUGCAAAUUCGAUGAGAGUAUGAGGGAAUCAUUCAGCGCAUGUAAGAAAUUAAAAACAUUUCAUUUUGUUGGCUGUGAAAUAAGUUCUGGUAUAUUUAUCGAGCAAAACUUUCCAAAGUUAGAAGAAGCACGUUUCAUUAACUGCAGUGGAUUGUAUGAAUCUAAUUUGCGCAAUUUCAUGAAAUUGAAUCCAACAUUGAUAAAGUUUUCAGUUACUCUAAAUUAUCACUAUUCUGGAUUGAAAGAUAUGGAUAUAAUACAAUUGAUUUAUGAAACUCUUCCCCAUUUGACGGAACUUGAAAUUGAUCUAAGACACUACGGUUGCGAUUUAAAUAGAAAUAUCAUAUAUUUUGGGCAGAUGAGUGCGUUAACGGUAUUGAAAUUAGGGUGUGGAGCUGAACCUGUGGCAAAACUGCUAGAAUGUUUGGCUAGCAAUAAAGCUCCAAUCGAACAUUUAAAUUUGCGUAGCGCUGACAUCAAUGAUGAAAUCAUCGCACAAGUUGCCAAAAUGAAACAAAUCAAAAUUUUGGAUUUGGUCAAUAUUUAUGGAGAACUGUGCGAUGAACAUUUGAUUGAGAUAGCAAAGGGAUUGCCACAACUCGAACAACUAGAUUUGAGAGAUGAUAAAUUGUUUAAGUAUGGCAAUUCUUAUAAAGUCACCAUCAGCGGAUUGAAAGCGAUGUUAUUAUAUGCAAACAAUUUGUCGUUAAUUAAUAUUGAAUCAAUUGAAAGUAUUAAGAUCAAUGUAGAAGCUUACCAAUCAAUGCUCACGACUAUUCAAAAUCGGUCGAAAGAAGUGAAAGUUUUGAUUAAAAUAAAAAGCUAUGGAAAAAAGAGUUAUGUUCCCGAAAGUAUUUUAGCUGCAAAUCGUGAAAUAUUGUACAUCGAUGAAACCAUUGAAGAGAAACCAUUUCAAUGCACAUGUGGAAGAAGUUGUUUCGAUAGCUCUAACUGCAUAUGCCCUGGACGCGAUGAAACAUAUUUUCGAUUUCUAUCCGAUCUAGAUAUAGUCACAUCCGAUGAGAGGGACUUGUUUCAAUUAGAUUCAAAAUCCAUUUCGAAAUACAGAUGCAAAAAUAAAAAUCCAUUUUAAUAUUAGAGCAUAGUCAAUAAUCCUUCCAAGACUCAAGACAACCUCAAAUGCUGAAUACUACGCAUAGGACGCAUAGCUGGGCAGAUUAUUUUAUUAUAGUAUUUAAUAUUGUCAUUUUAUGAAUAUAUUAUGUGUCUCAUAUAUUUUUUUUUAUUCUAAAAAUGUAUAACAUUGUUUUA